UAGUAUGCUGGGGAGAAAAUAACAAAGGCAGUGGCAGAGGAAAGAAUGAAAACAGAUUUUUCUUCUACAGUCAUGAGGGUCAGGAACUAUGGUAGUUCAUGUAGAUUCUGACAAGGCCAUAGAGAAGGAACUGGGGAAAGUGCUCAGACACAAGGACUUCUAUGUGAGGAGGCUGGGAACUACGGCGACAAUGUUAAAUAUUGCGGAUAUUGUGUCCAUCACUACAAAAAGCUGAAGAGGGAUGCCAACAUAAAGCAGAUCCCUGCCUUCAAGCCAAUUCCAAGCUCGGCCCAAUCUCCACAGACACUUGCAUCAAAGUGAGCUCUACCUCCACAGAGACCCGUGUCGUUAAGAGAGGGAACAAGGCAGAAACAAAAGAGUCUUUAACAAUCUAGGUUAUCACCUGCCCAGCACUGAGAAAGAGAAGCAGCCUGCCACGCCCCCCUUAUCGAAUGACAGCAGCGGGAUUGGAACUUCAACGAUGUCAGAGACAUCAACCAUCAGUCCUACAGAAUCCCCCAAUCAGGAAGAGGACACCGAGAAUGGAACAUUUCCUACGUGUCCAGCCUCCAUAAAAGACAGACAUGUGCUUCAUCGAUCUGUGUCAUCGGGAAGCUUGUCCUCGGUACAAAGUGGUGAUCUAAGAUUAACCAGUGAAGCGGGACCAAUGUUUUUGACCUCGGGUAGUCUAGGUGGUGAAGCGUUUAGUGGAAGCUUUACAGGGUCUUUAGACAGUUUUAUUACAAGUGCUGCUAAUAAACUUGCAACAACGGCCAAAACUGCCUCGCAGAGUGAUAAUGAAAUUGACCAGGCUGCAAAUAGGUCAAGAUCUCAAGAAAAAUUCGAAAAGAAGUUGAAAAGAACGAAACAGCUGAACCCCACAGGGAACAAGAAAAUGAAUCGGAACCCCUCGACUGACAGCAAAGACUCAUCUCCCCCUUUGUCUCGGAAAGUCCGCAGAAAACCGGAAAUCAUCACACCAAGUCUAGGGGCCAACUCCGGCCUGAGGUAGGGUGUGAGUGGAAGUCUAGGGGCCAACUCCGGCCUGAGGUAGGGUAUGAGUGGAAGUAUAGGGGCCAACUCCGGUCAGAGGUAGGGUGUAAGUGGAAGUCUAGGGGCCAACUAAAUUUACUGAUGAAAAAUGUGAAAAAUUUGUAUGAUUUCUGAAGAAAAAAAUUUCCAGUGAUUGAAUUUGCCUUGCUGUUUAGAAUGUAUAUUUAUAAAGGUGAAGAAAUUUGCAUUAUUGAUGUUUUCUUAAUGUUGAUUUUGUUUUGAUCGUCCUUCUGCCUACGAAGGCCUGAGAC